UUGAGGGCCAAUGGCGGCUUAGGGUGUGCAUCUCCAGCAGCUGUUCCCCAUCCCCUCGGGUUCUCUAGCCUGCUGCAGUGCUGGAGCGAGGAGAAGGCGGCCGCUGUCAUGGCCAGCGUCCACGAGAGCUUGUAUUUCAACCCCAUGAUGACCAACGGGGUGGUGCACGCCAAUGUCUUCGGUAUCAAGGACUGGGUUACGCCGUACAAGAUGGCGCUGCUGGUGCUGAUUGGAGAGCUAAGUCGGGCUGGACCGCAUCUCAGCCUGCUAGAGAGGCGGCGGCUCAACCGCCUCCUGCUACCGCUGCUGCAGGGGCCUGAUAUGACACUGUCUCGACUGAUUAAAGCUAUUGAAGAAUGCUGCCCUCAUUUAGCAAGUUCUGUGCAAAUAAGCAUAAAGCUCAUGGCAGAAGGGGAACUGAAAGAUAUGGAACAAUUCUUUGAUGAUCUUUCGGAGGCGUUCAAUGGAACCGAACCUGAAGUUCACAAAACAAGUGUAGUAGGUUUGUUUCUGCGCCACAUGAUCCUGGCCUACAACAAGCUCUCCUUCAGUCAAGUGUACAAGCUCUACACAGCUCUUCAGCAGUAUUUCCAGAAUGAUGAGAAGAAAAGUGGAGGUGACGAAUCAGAGAUGGAGCUGACCCAGUGUGAGGAACUGGAAGGGAAAAUGGAGAGAGAAGAACUGGAUGGACUUCUCAGGGAGGAAGAAAUAUCCUGCAAUGGGCCACUUUCACAGAAGCAAGCGGAAUACUUCCUUUCUCAACAGGCUUCCUUAUUGAAAAACGACGAGACACAAGCUCUGUCUCCAGCAUCUUUGCAGAAGGAGCUGAACAACUUGUUAAAAUUUAAUCCCGAUUUUGCCGAAGCGCACUACUUGAGCUACUUAAACAGUCUUCGAGUCCAAGACGUCUUCAGCUCUACCCACAGCCUCCUCCAUUACUUUGACCGCUUAAUUCUCACCGGUGCUGAAAGCAAAAGCAACGGCGACGAAGGUUAUGGGCGGAGUCUGAGAUACGCAGCUCUCAACCUGGCUGCAUUGCACUGCCGCUUUGGACACUACCAGCAGGCCGAACUAGCCCUGCAAGAAGCCAUUCGGAUCGCUCAGGAGUCCAAUGAUCAUGUCUGUUUGCAGCACUGCCUGAGCUGGCUGUACAUCCUGGAACAGAAAAGAUCGGACAGCUGCGUCCUCUUGGAGCACUCGGUGAAGAAGGCUGUGCAUUUUGGAUUACCGUAUUUAGCUUCCCUCGGAAUCCAGUCCUUGGUUCAGCAAAGAGCUUUUGCAGGGAAGACUGCCAGCAAGCUAAUGGAUGCUUUGAAGGACUCUGACCUCCUGCACUGGAAACACAGCUUGUCUGAACUCAUCGAUAUCAGCAUUGCCCAGAAGACGGCCAUUUGGAGACUCUAUGGCCGCAGCACCAUGGCACUUCAGCAGGCCCAGAUGCUGCUGAGCAUGAACAGCCUGGAGGCGGUGAAUGUGGGCGUGCAGCAGAACAACACGGAGUCUUUUGCGGUGGUGCUGUGCCAUCUGGCGGAGCUGCAUGCAGAACAGGGCUAUUUUGCAGCUGCCUCCGAAAUUCUGAAGCACCUCAAAGAGAGGUUUCCUCCCAACGGUCAGCAUGCACAGCUGUGGAUGCUGUGUGAUCAGAAGAUCCAGUUCGACAGGGCCACGAAUGAUGGCAAGUACCACGUCGCCGAUUCGCUUGUGGCAGGGAUUACGGCCUUGAAUAGCACGGAGGGGGUUUACAGAAAAGCCAUUGUCCUUAAAGCACAGAACCAAAUGUCCGAGGCACACAGGCUCCUGCAGAAGCUCCUGACCCACUGCCAGAAAAUAAAAAACACUGAGAUGGUGAUUAGGGUUCUCCUGACCAUCGCUGAGCUCUACUGGAGGUCCCUGUGCCACACCAUCGCUCUGCCCGUUCUGCUCCAGGCUCUGGCUCUGGCGCGGGAAUACGGGCUCCAGUAUCUGGCCUCCGAAACGGUGCUCAACUUGGCUUUCUCACAGCUAAUCCUUGGCAUGCCUGAACAAGCGCUGAGCAUUCUGCACAUGGCCAUAGAACCCAUCCUGGCUCACGGGGCAGUGCUGGAUAAAGGCGCCGCCAUGUUCUUGGUUGCCAAGUGCCAGGUUGCCUCUGCAGCCUCCUACCCUCCCCAGAAGAAGGCCGAAGCUCUGGAGUCUGCCAUCCUGAACCUCAGUGAAGCCAACACCUAUUUUGCCAAAGUGGACUGCAAGCAGCAGCUCCGAGAUGUGCUCUACCUCCAGGCCCGGCUCUUCCACAGCCUGGGCAAAACCCAAGAAAGAAACCAGUGUGCGAUGCUCUUCCGGCAGCUAGACCAAGAGCUUCCAGCUCACGGGGUCCCCUUGAUCAACGCUUUUAAAUGAGGCAUUUAAGCAGAGGUCCAAGAGCCAUCGGGAAGUUCUCUGCCAGCCACAUUGACACUGAAUCAGAACUGUUCUUGAGCAGCUGUUUCUCAGUUUCAGGGGGACUUGUGCAAGAGAACUUCCCAGUGGAUUGUGCACAUAGCCUUUCCUACAUCCAUCUCAACGUAUCUUUUUGUUCUGUGCAACGCUCAUUAUUUUGAAAGAAGUAUUAAUAAAUUGUCUUUUUAUUUA